AGUCUCGGCAGCUCAGCACAAGGGCAGGACUGCAUCCCGGAGCUGCCUGAAGGAGCUAGCUCUUUAUUCAGACUUAACCAGUAGUAAUUUGGUUAGUACACCAAAGAGAGCAUCUCGGAGCAUUACUAUCGAGGUUACGCUACAGUCUCAGCUGGAAAUCUGAGUCUAAAUCGGGAGGCAAGACAUCUCAGAGACGCUGCUGACACCACGGAGAAAGUGACGAACGGAGCAGAGCCUGGUCACCGGGAUUUUACAUCGCAUUGAAUCACUUUAGGAUAUUUCAGGCAUCUGCUUCGGCCCAGCCUUGAUUUUUUUUCAGGGUACCUUCACACGACACUGCCUAGAUAAUACACUAAGAGUUUGCAUGAUACUCGAUACAUUGACAUACGGUCUACAACAGUGAGCAGGCGGACCACUUCAACCCGUGCGUAACAGCGGUGGAUUUUGGAAUACUGCGUAGCAGUUCAACCACCCGGUCUUUCGAUUACAUUACUCUUUUUUGGAGACCACCUCAAGCAAAAAGAAGAGCAACCAGAGGACCUUUUACUUUAUUCCGGAGGCUGAACGCUACAAACCCGAAGCGCACUUGGUGCGCAAUCCUUCCGAGGAGGCUCCUGAAAUUGCCGACCUGCGCUUUUGCCCUCGACAAAAAUUGGCAACCGAUUCGAGUAAAAAGGCAAAGCUUAUUAACUUGUGCAUGCUAGGGGCUACAGUGUGGAAUCUAAUUCGCAGGGUUAUCGGUAUAUUUGCAUACCACUGGAAAAGGAGGAUAAACUUAAUCAACAUUUGACAUCGACUAAAAGUGUGCUGGAUUCUGGAGAAGAGCAUGAAUCCUUUUUAAUUUGGACCACAGAAGUAUGAAGCAGAUUGCUCAGUGAAUGCUACAAUCUGCAUGGAGUUGUAGUCUGCACUACGGAGCAAUUUAUGGUUGGCCGCAGAACUCCCCCGGCUGUAGAACUGUGCCCACCUCGCCAUGCUGGCUUGUUUGCAGAGGAGGCAAAACCCUCCACCCCAGCACCCAGUGUGUACCAGCAAAACCCUGGAGCCACCACAAGCCCUUGGACGGAAAUGUGAGCUGGUGGUGCCUACACAUUCCCCCCGCUACCCCACCGCAGCAGAACUUGAUGCCUAUGCUCAGAAGACGGCCAACAGCCCUCUGUCCAUCAAAAUUUUUCCCACCAACAUCAGGGUCCCCCAGCACAAGCACCUUAACCGGACUGUGAACGGAUAUGACACAACAGGGCAACGCUAUAGUCCCUACCCACAUCUUCACACAGGAGGCUACCAGGGCCUACUUGCCAUUGUCAAGGCCUCUUCUUCCUCCUCGUCAUCAUCGUCAGCCUCCACAUUUGUCCCUUCAAAAGGAGUUCUCAAGAACUCUGAAGGCAGACGGACUAAGCUUUCUCCAGCCCACAUAGCUGUUGCCCCAUACCCACCCCCUAGUAGUAGCACUUUAGCCAGUGGUCAUGGCCAAAUGGUAUACCACACUGGGCCCUCAAAGCCUCCAGAAGGCCCUGGACUGUCAGUUCCCCCUAAUGUCACUGUAGCUGGCUCAGUGAUUCCUGUAACAGGGGGUCGAAGCCUGGCCCUGCCUGCACAGUCCAACCUCCCCUCCAUCCAGAGCAUCAUCUACCAGAUCAACCAGCAUUGCCAGGCCCAGGCACUGCAGCAGGUGUGCCAAGGGGCUGCCACUGCACCAUCAAAUACUAGCCCCUCCAAGCAGGGUACUGCUGUCAUGGGGGUCUCUUCUAGCUCCUCAGGUGGAGGCUAUGUGGUAGGAAUGGGUCACCAAGCCAACAUGGUGUACACAGCUCCCGGGCUACCGGCUCAGAAUGCGGAGGCAAUGAAGACUGGUGUGUAUGCAGAUGGUAUGGACUAUAUCCUUUGGCAGAAGCAACAACAGCAACAACAACAGCACCAACAACAACAGGCUGUGCUCCGCAUGUACAGCGGAGGCAGUGGAGGAGGGGGUGCGAUCAGCAAGUCUCCUGAAACAUGUGUUCCUGGAGGAGGGAUUAUGGCUGCCCAAGUCUCCUCCUCUUCGUCCAGACCUUAUCACCUGACAGCGAGUGCCAGUGGAGGAGGCGGGCUGGACAAAGUCAGCUCUUCCCCUUUGAACUGCGUGGGUAUGCAUGGAAAUUUCUCAGUGGGUCAAUACUUUGCCCCGCCAUGGAACAGUGUGCUGGUGACACCUGACAGUGACUGCUACAACCCCCAGGAGCUUUUGGGCACCUCCACAGGAGGGCCAGCCACGGGGCACAGAGAGCUGGGCUAUCCCCAUCACCAUCACCACUACCACCAUCAUCAUCACCACCCUGCAAUAGACAGUGGGGGAGGUUUGUGCUGCAGCCUGCCCAGCAAGAGCAUGUGCAACACGUCUGUGCUGAGCAGCAGCUUGCAGUCUCUGGAGUACCUGAUCAAUGACAUCCACCCACCCUGCAUCAAGGAGCAGAUGCUUGGCAAAGGCUAUGAGACUGUGUCAGUGCCACGUCUGUUAGACCACCAGCAUGCACACAUCCGCCUCCCCGUUUACAGAUAGAAGGGGAAGAAGAGGAGAGUGAGAGAAUCAAGAGCUGUGGAUUUGCGAAAAAAAAUAUAGUUACAACAACAGAGAUGUUUUUGGGGUACAGUUUGUUGAAACUGGCACUGCUUUAACCAGUGUGGGAGCUUAAACAAGAGCAGUUUUUGUGCUGUGUAACCCUAGGUUUGGUGAUUUCAAGUCGAGCUGUGGGAGUCCCAAAUAUAAAAGGUGGUAGAGAGUGCUAGUGGGAGAGAAAAGGGAUUUCAAGAUUCUCCAGAUGUUCCAUUGUGUGGUUUGCCAAUAGGAAUUUUGGAUUGAUUUAUUUUUUGUUCUGAUUUUGUUUUGUUUUUGUUUUGUUUUUUAAUUUACUUGCCUGAACUUUUUUGAUAUAGCUUGAUAUGAAGUGCAUAGGCCACUUAUAUCCCCCUUCCAAAUACAAAGAAUGAAGCUACUGUGUAGGUUGUCACUGAAAUGGUCUUAAAUGGGCCGGGGUUUAGGGCUGCUCUCAAAAUCCAAAUCUUUGUAACAGUGCACAGACAUAUACAGCUGGAAAAUACAUAUACACACUCACACAUAUACAGACAGAAAUGUACUGAUACAUGAGAAGAAUUAAAUAAUAGCCAGUACUUGGGUGUUAUGUACAAGGAUCAUAAGGUUGAAUUAAAAGGAUAGUACAAUAUUAGUUAUUAUUGCUGUUAUAAUUGAUACAAAACUUGCACUGCUUGAAUCUUGUUAACUUUGACGUUUGGAAUUGGGUAGUUUGGAUAUGAUAUAUUUAAGAAACUUGAAAAACUUGAACCUAUUUUUUUGUUGUUUUAUAUAUUUGUAGGUAUAUUAUAUGCAUUGGCUGCUAUGGGGAAAGUGUCUCAAAUGCUUUUAUAAUUUUUUUUUUCUUUCUCAUAUUUGUUUUUUUGAUUUAAUUAUUCCUCCUCAAGCUAAUGUGCAGUUUCUUAUGUCCUGGUGUGAGGCAUAGUUGCUGCUUUGGUUCUGUAAGAACCUGGUUGGAGAGCUCUUUUUCCUUACCAACACUGGAAUCUACAAUAAAUCUUGAAAUACUUAUUUAAAAAGAAAAUGUUGCAAAAAAUACAAGAAAAAUAAAUGUUACAAUGAAGAAUGUGAUUGGGGGGGGUUAUCUACAUAACCUUAUGUGUAUGUUUAUGCGUGUAUGUGGCUGAGUGCAUGCGUGUGUGCAUUUUAGUUUUUGUUUUUCAAAAUCCUCAGACUUUUUUUUUUAAUUGUGUUUUUACAAGAUUUCUACCACCAAGACUGAAAAACUGAUUCACCAGUCCCAUGAACAUCAUAUGUGAGUUAUGUACAGGAUAUUUUUUGCAAAUCUAACUCCCUUUUAUUGGAGACUUUUGAUAUUCUCUGGAGCUAAAAUAGAGAUCAAGCACUCCCUUAUAGCUGUAGUUACAAAGCUGCAUCCCUCUUUCCUGUCAAGUGUUAUCACAGUGACAGAAUAAGGUGGGAAUAAAUGCAAGUUCUAUUUUGGGGGUGCUAUUCACCCCUAAUCCUACAAACAAAAACAAAAUGAAAACAAUCAUGUCCUGUCCUCCGGAGUCAGAUGAAAUGAGACGAGGCUCACUGCUUUUUCUUGUCCAUUUCAGCCCCUGGUUAAGAUGCAUUUAGCUUGGGCUAGUCUUAACUUGAUGAUUCAGAGCAGUGAAAUAUUUAUUAUGACUGUGAGAUUCCCUUGAAUGUACUGCACUUAAAUUACUGCGAUGUUUUAUUGCCUUGUGGGACUCAAGUGAAAGAGAAAAAUUGGAUCAGUGCAGCAGUCCUCUGGUCUUAAAUUAGCAUUUCUUUUGUCAGUCAAAUUUCAAUGGUAAAUUGAAUUUAUUAACUGAAGGGAGAGCUGGAGCUUUGUUGUGGGGAAAUACUGGCAUCAGUCUAGAUUUAUGAAGUGCAAUUAUUAUGACUGUAUUAACAUUUUUCUCUGAGCUUACACCAAAAAAUGUAAACUACAGUUGUCAAUACAUUCCCAAUGUACCACACCCCUAAUCCCUAUCCUUUCUUUUUGUUUUGAGGUGUAAAAUAAAUUUCUUUAAGAAUAUAUUCAGAGGCCACAUCUUGGCCUUGAAGUCUGUCAUUAUUUUUUAUGUCCUCUAGAGGUUAUCAGGAAAUUGGACCUUUGUUUCAGCAGGAGUGAAAUCUAGAGAAAAGAGAAAUAUGGAGUGUAGACCUUUUACUGUACUGUAUCUGCAAGACCUCUACCACUGAGAAAAUCAGCAAAAUAUAAUUGAUAAUCUUUUCAUUGUUUACACUUUGGCCAUCCAAAGAAAAAGGACAGACAGCACUGUUGGGGAAAAAAAAGAAUAAUGUACCUAUAAAUAUUGAAGAUAUGAUUUGAGUUAAGAGAGAAGCUGAAAAUAAGGUUUCUUUGAUCAUUUGCACUCCAUAAAUAGAUUUGUUUCUCCCUUAAGAUAACCCUUGCUUUAUCUUAACUAUGAGCCUUAAAUUUUGUGCUAAUGUGGUGUUUGUAGGCAUGCUAGUGUCUUUGAAGGUUGACAAAGAUUUCAGUCUAAAGAAUACCAAGCCCCUUGGCUUUAAAUUUGCACAGUAAGCCUCCUUAACAUUCCAGAGAAAAAUUUUCAUGUUGUUUCAAAAGCUUAAUACCCCAGCCACAGUCUGAUUCCAGCAUAUUUUCUGUCUUGUAGAAAUAUUUUGACAGAUUUACAGAUACAUCCCGUCCCUAAAUCCCCUCCGUUUGGCUUCUGCAUCCAAGCAUUAAACCCUGUCACAUGAUGUUGAAGUGAAGAGGAGACACUUGAGGCAGUGGAGUUUCUGGUGUCUGGCCUUUCCCACCAGUGGAGGUCUAAGGCACCAGGGCUCUUUGCUAAUGGGAAUAUUGGGUGACGCCUGGCUGCUGGACACUGCCAGUGGGGAGUAUUCAUUCACUCAAAGGGUUGAAACUGAACCCUUUUCAAAUAGCAAGGGAUUUGCUAUAAGGUACUGAGAGGAAUCAGGAGAUUUUGACCCGGAAUACCGAAGUCAUAAUACAGAAUACCGGCCAUUUUUAAGAAUACACAGAAACAUUCGAGUCAAACUUGCAUGUAGUUUUGUUAGAUGUAAAGUGGUAUUUUAACACUUAAAACAUAUUUUCUUUGUGGCUGUUUUUCUACUGUACAGGCUCCAAACUGUCUGUGCACUGGUCCUUUACACACAUUAAUGAGCUCCUAUUGAUGGGAUGCAUCUUAGCCCUGCAACUCUGGUCCAUUCUGCAAUUCCCGAUUUGGACAAUGGACGCUUAGCCCAUAUUAGGAUAAUAGAAUUAAAUUUCAAAUAGAUUUGUGCCUGAGCUGAUCCAUGCACGGCUCACUCAGCUGCAGAGGCAGAGUGGCAUAUGGCAUGUCAUUAUCUAAGCCCACCCUCCCCCUGUCCAGGGCCAACAGGGUUCAGCAGUGCUUAAACAAACUGAAGGUUAGGACUGGCUGGCUGGCGUUGAAGGGGAGGACAGCGGGGUUUGUAGGGGGGUUGCUAAAUCACAGCCUCCACAGCGUCUCAGAGGGCCUCAGCACCGCACCAUGGCGCCUGGGCUCAGAGGCCUGCUUUAAAAGCUGGGCUGUGUUUGAUCGAGGGGAUUUGUUUUCUGUUGGAUUAUACAUGGUUGCUCCCUGCCUGGCUGAGGGGCCCUGUGCAAUGUGACAGAUCUCAGCACAAAAAAAAUAAAAGGAAGAGGGAGAGAGAUACAGGGAGGGAUUUUGGGGUCAGAGAAGCCUCGAAGCAUCAGUAAUCAGGAUAAUUGCCGUGUUCCUGGUGCUGAUUUCAUUCUCCCGUUUGGCUUUGCGGCCUCAUAUUCAGAUUGAAUCUUAAACUCUGGAAAAAAUCACUGACAGACUUGCUGUGCCUCAAUUUACCCAGUUCUCGUAGUGAAUUCUUCUAUUGUCAUUUAGUUUUGUCACCAUAUUUUAUGUUUCACUGCCCAGGAAAUGAUGAAUUACACUAUCCAAAUAUUUAAUGAACAAGGGCAUUUAGAUCUGUAACUAUCUCUGUGGCUUCAGACUAUGGACUGUUUUAAUGUUUUCAAGGCCAAUGAGACGUGGACAUCUGAGGGCAAAGUGGAAGGGCAUGAACUUAUGCUGGUUCUGGAAAUCCCUUCGUUAAUCCCAAUAAGUCCAUGAAGACCUUUACCCAGUGCAAAGGUCCGGUUGCAUUUAUGCACCUUAAAUACAUCUGAGUGGGAAGGAGAUGGGACAGACCUGUUCAAAGCGGGGUCAGUUCUUUCACUCGCUAAACCGAGGGGAUGGGAGGGGAUGGAGGAAUAGAAAAAAUAAAGGCAGCUGCUCGCUCUGUAGAGUCUUGGCGCUGCCUCUCUAACCUACAGAUGACAAAGGGGGGAAGGGUGGGUGGGUUGGGUAUGUCCCCUCCACACUGCUUUGGUCAACCUCAGUCAUGUCCCCUGGCUGCCCUUGGGCCCCUGGGGCUCUCAUCAUCUCACAGUUCUUCCUGGCAUUCCUCCUUAACAUCUACGGACUGGUGAAGAUAAAGUCAUGUUAGUUCCAUUGUGCUCGUACCUAGCAAGAAAAUACUUUAAUCAAUAAUUCAGAUGGUCCUGAAGAGGUCUGUGUAGUUAACCCACCAGCCUUAUCGCUGUAUUGCACAAUAACAUGAAAUGAUUUGCCACAGAGUAAGAGCACAUUGCCAUCUCUUUAGUGCUGCUGAGAAACACUGGAUGGGUCACAUGUGAGCAACAUGGUGUACAUGAUGUAUUUUUUGCUUCAGCAUCUAUGAAAUCAGCACAGACCAUAACAUUUAUCAGGAUCUUGUUCUUAAGGCACAGCCCCAGAUUCCAUAUGGAAAAGGAAAGGCAGCAGGUUGUAAUUCCAGGAGAAUAUGGUUGUCUUUCAGCUAUGUACGUUUGGCUGAAAAACUUUAUGGCCUCCAAAUAUUCAUCUAAUUUACAUGGUGGGUAUAUUGCUGUAUUCAAUCUACACACAAAAGUCUGGGGAUUUUGCUUUUUCUUCCUGUUUCCGUUAAUGUUUGUGUGGCUCUCAGAAUGUUCCUGUGGACAAACAGGGCUGUUUUCCCGAAUGAUCUCAAAUGCACCAAUGCUGCCAAAGUCUGAGGGUGCCGCAACCUUGAGAAAAUAAUAUAUAUGGAAAUGGGAAAUCUAUAAAGCAUCUCUCUUAUUGUUCUCCCUGCAGUGUUGUAUUUAUGUUUAAAAAUGAUUUUGUCUCCUCAGGAUGAAAAAAUGUAAAGAAUACCUUGCUUUUUUUUUUUUGAAAAUGAUAAUAUAUGAGUCUUAGAUUUCGAAAUAAGAAGUCUGAAUAUAAAAAAAAGCUGUAAAAUCCUUUAGUCGUGGGGUUUUCAACUUUUGAAUGUGCCUACAGCCAAGCAUCCCAGUGAUUGCUUACCUUCUACCCCUUUCCAGUUCUGCAAUCUCUUCCUAAUCUCCCCACAACCAUCAUCUUCAAUUUGCUGAAACUGCCACUGCCCCCUCCUCCAUCCAAAUGACCACAGUAGAUCUUUUGUCUGUUCCCUGCUUUUGUCAAUCUCAGGACUGAAAUUUUCUUUAUUUUAAUGUAGAUGGUUGGUUUUCAUUUGAUCUCUCCUCUCUUAUGUAUUAUUGUUUGACAUAAGUAAAUAAAGCAAAUGACUUCUA